CUUUGAGUUUAAAAAAAUAUUUUAUCUAAAAGCGCUUUAACACGAACUGUUUUGACCAUACAAUAUUCUAAUCAUGCUGUUACCGCUCGGUGACACUUCUUAUAAAAUCAUCGUUAGCCUAAGUCUCCUGGCCGUAUCCGGUGCAUUUGUCAAUAUUGCACUGAAUAAACCGGCAUAUCAGAGUAGAGUAUGGCAUGACGAAGACGCUCAAAAUGCCGUAGACGGUCGUAAAUCAAACCAAACAUGGAAAGCUGGAGAGUGUUCUAAAACGUAUGGGGAUCAGAACGCCACCUGGUGGGCGAACCUGACCAGCAUCCACAUAAUCCAUCACAUAGUGGUCUACUACAUGAAGUACUAUAGACAUUGGGGCAGUGUUGGAUCAUCUGUUUAUGUAUCCAAUACAACCAAUAUAUCAGAUGGAUUUAUGUGCUUCAACGACAGUAACUAUUCAGUUUUCACCGUACCUGCUAUUGUUAACAUUUCAUGCUCGACAAAAGCACAAUAUGUAAUAUACUACAACGAGAUACGACCAGGUGUUAAGUAUCCUGAGUAUAAAUCUACAUAUGCGAAAAACAUGCUUUGUGAAGUAGAAGUCUAUGGAUGUCCUAACACUGGGUUGUACUACGGAGCAGACUGUUGCUCAAAUGUCAAUUGUCGCUACUGUUACAUGGAAACGGGCACCUGUUUGGACUGUAAACCUGGGUACAAAGGCGACAUGUGUGAAUUAGAAUGCACAAAUGGGAAAUAUGGAGAACAUUGCCAGAUUGAUUGUGGACAUUGCAGAUAUGUAUCCCAGUGCAAUCACGUUAACGGGACAUGUGUAAAUGGAUGUAAGUCGGGGUAUAAACAACCAACGUGUACACAAAAGUGUGAAAUCGGGUCAUAUGGAGUGGAUUGCAGUGAAACCUGUGGACACUGUCUAGAUGUCCGCCAGUGUUCCAAUAGCAAUGGGAUAUGUCGAAAUGGGUGUGAUGCUGGGUAUCAAGGUGCAAUCUGCAAAAUACAAUGCACUUCAGGAAAGUAUGGAAAGGACUGUCAGCUUGAUUGCGGGCACUGCAAAAACAUGAUGCAGUGCCACCACGUGGAUGGAACGUGUGUAACCGGAUGUGAACCAGGUUUCAUAGGAGAUACGUGCAAAACAGUCUGCGACAAAGGAUGGUAUGGUGAUCAAUGCAGGGAACAAUGUGGUCAUUGUCGUGAUACAAACCAAUGUCUGCAUACAAACGGAACAUGCAUAACGGGGUGUAUGACUGGGUAUUACGGGGAUUUAUGUAAAACGCAAUGUACAUACAUGAAGUACGGUGAUGGUUGUCAGACUGAUUGUGGACAUUGUAAAGAUAUGGUGCAGUGUAACCACGUGGAUGGGGCGUGUCUAAACGGAUGUGAACCCGGAUAUACACAAGACAAUUGUACACAACAUUGUGAGAUUGGAACGUAUGGAGUUGACUGUAAUGUGACCUGUGGACACUGUCGUGACCUUACCAAGUGUUCUUACACCAAUGGAACAUGCUUCACUGGAUGUAUUGCUGGUUAUCAGGGUGCUUUAUGCAAAACAGUUGACGAACUGUCUAGAAGAACCCUUCUCUUCUUUAUCUUCUCGUUAUGUUCGAUUUUGGGACUGACAUGGAUUUGUUGGAUAAUCUCCACAAUUUGUAAUAAAAGACAAAGGUGUGGACAACAAAAGAUCUUACAAUCCGAACAGAAACUCCAAGCUGAAGGUGAACAAUUGGCGCGGAUAUAUGACGACACAAAGUGUAAGAGUCCGUUGGAGAAUCAGAUGUAUUUCAAUGUUCCUGAAGACAACACCGACAACACGUAUGUUGAAAUGAAACAUAUUUAUCAAAAUUAGAGAACUCUCCGGAGCUAGACAGGGCAACGCAACUUUACCAUUCAAUCAUUUGUGUGGGACAUUUUGAUUGACCAAACAGCACUGUGUCAUCCAGUAGCAUAACAUAAUGCUUAAAAAAAAGAUUCCAAUAGUUCAUCCUAAAGGUCAAAAGCUUGAUACCAUAUAAACACAAUAAAGGGUUUAUUUCAUAUGAAAAUACAUACGUAAAAUAUGUUUCAAAAUGUAAAUAAAGAACACAAAUUUAUUAUCUAUAUUGUUUGAAGCAAUUGUACAUAGUUUACGUAAAUCAUGCUCGUUUGCUAUUGUUUUAUAUAGCUGUUUUCUUCUUU